AGUCUCUAGAACCAGGGCUGCAUCUGGGAAGCUUACGGCUGAUCAACUCCACCGUAUAAGCGCCAUGCUUUCACUUCCCGUGGCGCCAGACUUCCGUCUGCCCUCUGCGACGAUCUUCCGCAUGGAGGAGCCGCUUUCCUGGCACAUCCACGACCUCGGCUGAUGAGCGACCCAAGACUGCGGAGACCGAUCCAAACCGCCGCAACUGCAGCACCAUUCACCCAUUAUUGUCUCACUCAUUUUCGAUUUUAACUCCGCCCAUAUCCAACCGUCCAGGAUGCGGGCUGUUUCGGCGGUCGCCUCGCCUUUGAGGCGCAUAUCUCCAAUCGCUCUUCGUCAGGGUUUACGGAGGGGCUUCUCAAGCUCCAGGAACCUACAAGCCACAUGGGGCUUCAUUGGCCUUGGGCGAAUGGGCUUCCCUAUGGCAAAGAACCUCCGGGCGAAGAUACCUGCUGAGGAUACCAUUUUCGUCCAGGAUGUCAACACCGCUGCCUCCAAGAAAUUCCUCGAGGAGAAUCCUCAGGGUGUUCGCAUUGCUGACAACGUCCGGGAAGUCGCUGAAAAAGCGGAAACAAUCAUUACGGUCUUGCCGGAGCCACAGCACGUCGCCGGUGUCUACAAACAGAUACUCGAACCUCCGACUCUAUUGAAGGAUGGUUUUACCACUACGGAACGGCUAUUCAUCGACUGCUCAACUAUCGACCCCAUGACGUCUGGGCACGUGGCAAACGCUGCUCACACUUCUGGUCAAGGCAAAUUCAUCGAUGCACCCAUGUCUGGGGGCGUCGUUGGUGCUCAGGCCGGCACCCUUACCUUCAUGAUUGGUGCUGCCCCCGAGGUUGUAGAGCGGGCCACCGCAGUCUUGUCAUUAAUGGGUCGGAGAGUGCUGCACCUUGGCGAUCAAGGCUCUGGUUUGAAAGGAAAACUGGCGAACAACUACCUCCUGGCCCUCAACAACAUUGCUACUGCCGAAGCCAUGAAUAUGGGAAUUCAAUGGGGGCUUGAUCCCAAAGCUCUCGCCGGUAUGAUCAACAUCAGCACGGGCAAAUGCUGGCCCAGCGAAGUGAAUAAUCCGGUUCCUGGUGUCAUCGAAGGUGCUCCCGCCUCCAGAGGAUACGAAGGAGGAUUUGGAGUCACUUUGGCCAACAAAGAUUUGAAGCUGGCGAUUAAGGCUGCCAAAGAGGCCAAGAUCAAGCUUGCGCUUGCAGACACCGCGCAGGCUUUCUAUGACGAGGUGGAGCAGGCAGAGAAUUGCAAGGGUCGGGACUUCUCGGUGGUGUAUAGAUACUUAGGCGGGAAGGAAUAAUGUUUGUUGCUAUUGUAUAUAUUUUGAACAUACAUUGUUUGCAUGCAAUGUCU